CCAUAAUAUUGUAGGGCUAGCUGUGGUUUUAUUUAUUUUCCGGCGUAUACAAUAUUAUAAAGAGGCUGAUAAAGCGUAUAGGAGUACAAAAUAGUAGUGAUAUCACAUGUGCGAUGUCACUUUUGCGCCGGGAAUGUCGAGAGAGUAGUUUGGACCAUUCUUACCAGAACCGCCAUUUAUGACUCUCGGUUAAGAAACUAGCCCAUUCACUCUCCCCCCAGUACACCCAGCCAAGAAGCAAUGGCCACCAAAACAAACAGCCCGCCCUAAGGCUAAGAAAGAGCCUCUCCAACGACCUAACAACGUACCUUCCUUCAUACAUCGUCAUCCACCGCUCCUAUUUCGACAACCACCACCGACACGACAACCAAACGCCAACAGGAGGAAUCAACGACACAGACAGCUCGAAAAUGAGACAGUAAUUCCGCAGCAGGAGCACCCCAUCUCGAAUAUCCUAAAGUUACAGCCGUUAAAAUGGACGACAUGCCGGGCAUGUCGCCGCCUCCGUCUCCACUGGAGUCCCUGGUUUCGUCCCCUCUGUCUAUGCGAUCCAGGUCACCAACACCGCCAUACGAAUACCCGUCUCCCAGGUCUUCUCAGCCGUCAGGGAGUAGGUCAUCUUCUACAGCGCGCGACAUGCAAGAUGAGGCGGAGGGCCCGCCGCCAGCCAAGAAGCGCAAGCUUGCUCAACCCAAGGAGCGGACGACGGAGUACUUAGAUCUGCACACCCUCGACGAGAGCACCGAUCCGGAGAAAUUGGCCAAUGACGAUCUGCAGCUUCAGCGUCUCCUCAAAGUCCUACGGACGAAGCGGAAGAUUGUUGUAAUUGCAGGAGCUGGAAUUUCCGUUUCGGCAGGCAUUCCCGACUUCCGCUCUUCAACUGGACUCUUCACCACACUUCGCAGCAAAUAUGAUUUAAAGUCUUCUGGAAAAGACCUCUUUGACGCGGCCGUAUACAAGAACGACUCCUCAACAGCCUCCUUUCAUGACAUGGUUCGCGAGAUGUCGCACAUGACUCGGCAAGCAAACCCAACAAUGUUCCACCAUAUGAUCGCGACAAUUGCGGAAGAGGGCCGUCUAAUGCGCCUCUACACGCAAAACGUAGAUGGGAUCGACACAUCCCUAGAGCCGCUCCGGACAAACAUCCCUCUCAAUUCGAGGGGUCCCUGGCCAAAAACUAUCCAGCUCCAUGGCGGAUUGGAGAAGAUGGUCUGCACCAAGUGCCGCGCGCUAUCUGACUUCGACGGCUCCCUUUUCGAAGGUUCCGAGCCUCCAUCCUGUAAAGCAUGUGAGGAGUUAGAUGAGAUCCGAACCACCCUAGCCGGAAAGCGAAGCCACGGCAUUGGCCGCCUCCGCCCCAGAAUAGUCCUCUACAACGAAUACAACCCCGACGAAGAAGCCAUCGGCGCCGUCACAACAGCCGAUCUCAAGAGCCGCCCCGACGCCGUCAUCGUCGUCGGCACGAGCCUGAAAGUCCCAGGCGUAAAACGCAUCGCACGUGAGAUGUGCCAAGUCGCGCGCGGUCGCAAAGACGGCUUCACAGCCUGGAUCAACCACGGGCCUGAACCAGUCGGGCUGGAGUUCAAGGACUGCUGGGACUUGGUGAUUCGCGGGGACUGCGACGAGGUUGCGCGCCAUGCUGCGAUUCCGAAAUGGGAUGAUAAGGAUGUUGGACCGUAUACUGUUCUUCCUCCGCGAGAGACUCCGAAGUCCCCGAUGAAGGUUGAGCUGGGUGGUGCGGCGAAACAUAAGGCUGUUGAGAAGACGCAGGGUAUGGUGACGCCCACUGCUAGCCCGCGAACUCGCAGCCCCGCGCCGGCGAAGGACUUGAAGAAGAUGAAGCAGCCCAAGCUCUUCGCUUCUGGAACCGCUACUAAGCCCAUCACCAAACCCACCUCCACAGCAGCAGGGGCUAAAAAGAAGGCUCCCGCGCCCAAGAAACCCGCUGCUGCGAAGAACGCUAAGAUUACUAAGGCAUUCACAACCACCAAGUCCUCCAAGGCCAUCUCGGGAAAGGCCAUCAAACACGAGCCUAUCGCGCCUAUGUUCCCUAACCUCAGCAAGGUCGCGCCGUCAUCACCUAUGCUCCCGCUGUCGUUAGUGGAGGUGCGGAAUAAUACCGAGACCACGCCGGUGAAGCGCGAGUUUGGCGGCAAGGCGGAGGCAGCGGAUCCGGAUUCGCCGAGCGCGCAGUUGAGGAGGGAGGGGGGGAGGGAGACGGUGUCGCCGGGGGUAGUGCCGAGGGGGAUGGGGCAUUUGAUUGAGACUUAGCGCGGCGUCAGGCUGGGUUCACUGUCCUAGGGGGGUUAUGUGUUUAAGCUGGUUCGAUCCUGGGGUGCUGGGGAGUGUUAUUGAGGUGAGGAUGGGGGGGUUAUACCACACCACCACCCAUCCCCCAUAUGUGCGUUUUUGGCGUCAAAGGCAAGGCAGCACGCGGUGCCGUGCUAGAAUAGGGUGUCAUACCAUCCAUGUUCCGCCUUUUUUAUUUGUUUUUCUGGAGGCGCGGUUAUUCUCACACAUCGGAAGCAUGGCAUGGCAUUGCAUUGCUUGCGUGGAUGAUGUUGGCUUGGUGUCAUAUAUGGAUAAGAUAGUAGGGUUAGUAGUGUUAGGAGUGAUAGGAGUGCUAGUGGGCUUUUUUUUAGAAUAGGGUUAUAUCUCUGGCUGUCGCUCUAGCUGUGCGCUGGGGGAUGAGUGGGUGGCUGGGU